GCGGAGGCGUCCCGGGGUCCGUGCGGAGCGGCAGCGGCGAGCGGGCGGGCGGCGCGGCGCGGGCACCAUGUUGAACAUGUGGAAGGUGCGGGAGCUGGUGGACAAAGCCACCAAUGUGGUUAUGAAUUAUUCAGAGAUCGAGUCUAAGGUUCGAGAAGCAACAAAUGAUGAUCCAUGGGGACCUUCUGGGCAGCUCAUGGGAGAGAUUGCCAAGGCUACAUUUAUGUAUGAACAAUUUCCAGAACUUAUGAACAUGCUUUGGUCCCGAAUGUUAAAAGACAACAAAAAGAACUGGAGAAGAGUUUACAAGUCGCUGCUGCUCCUAGCUUACCUCAUAAGAAAUGGAUCAGAGCGUGUUGUUACAAGUGCCAGAGAACACAUUUAUGAUUUGCGAUCCCUGGAAAAUUACCACUUUGUAGACGAGCACGGCAAGGACCAGGGCAUAAAUAUCCGCCAGAAGGUGAAGGAGUUGGUGGAAUUUGCCCAGGAUGACGACAGGCUCCGUGAAGAGCGAAAGAAAGCCAAGAAAAACAAAGACAAGUAUGUUGGGGUUUCCUCCGACAGUGUUGGAGGGUUCAGAUACAGUGAAAGAUAUGAUCCUGAGCCCAAAUCAAAAUGGGACGAAGAGUGGGAUAAAAACAAGAGUGCUUUUCCAUUCAGUGAUAAAUUAGGUGAACUGAGUGAUAAAAUUGGAAGCACAAUUGAUGACACCAUCAGCAAGUUCCGGAGGAAAGACAGAGAAGACUCCCCAGAACGAUGCAGUGACAGCGACGAGGAAAAGAAAGUGAGAAGAGGCAGAUCUCCCAAAGGUGAAUUCAAAGACGAAGAAGAGACCGUGACGACAAAGCACAUCCACAUCACACAGGCCACGGAGACCACCACGACCAGACACAAGCGCACAGCAAACCCCUCGAAAACCAUCGAUCUCGGAGCAGCAGCACAUUACACGGGGGACAAGGCCAGUCCAGAGCAGAAUGCUUCAACACUCACACCUCAGUCUUCAGUUAAGACGCCAGUGCCUAGCAGCAAGUCAUCAGGUGACCUUGUUGAUCUGUUUGAUGGCAGCAGCCAGUCAGCAGGAGGAUCAACUGACUUAUUCGGGGGCUUUGCUGACUUUGGCUCAGCUGCUGCAUCAGGCAGUUUCCCUUCCCAAGCAACAGCAACAAGUGGGAAUGGAGACUUCGGUGACUGGAGUGCCUUCAACCAAGCCCCGCCAGGCCCUGCGGCUUCCAGUGGUGAGCUCUUCAGUAGUGCCCCACAGCCCACAGCAGAACUCGUCAGUGGCUCACAGGCGGCGUUAGGCCCACCUCCAGCUGCCUCAAAUUCUACAGACCUUUUUGAUCUCAUGGGCUCACCCCAGGCAACUAUGACGUCUUCCCAGAGUAUGAAUUUCUCGUUGAUGAGCACUAAUACUGUUGGGCUUGGUUUGCCCAUGUCAAGGUCACAGCCUUUGCACAAUGUUGGUGCAGUGCUGCAGAAGCCUAACCCUCUCUAUCAUCAGAAUACAGAUAUGGUCCAGAAGUCAGUCAGCAAAACCCUGCCCUCUACGUGGUCUGACCCCAGUGUAAACAUCAGCCUAGAUAACUUACUCCCUGGUAUGCAGCCUUCCAAACCCCAGCAACCGUCGCUCAACACAAUGAUUCAGCAACAGAAUAUGCAGCAGCCUCUGAAUAUGAUGACUCAGAGCUUUGGAGCUGUGAACCUCAGCUCUCCAUCAAACAUGCUUCCUGUCCGGCCACAAACCACUUCUUUGAUGGGGGCACCCAUGCCUAUGAGCAUGCCCAGUGUGAUGACUGGCACCAUGGGGAUGGCCCCUCUUGGAAAUACUCCCAUGAUGAACCAGAGCAUGAUGGGCAUGAACAUGAACCUGGGAAUGUCAGCUGCUGGGAUGGGCUUGACGGGCACAAUGGGAGUGGGCAUGCCCAGCAUGACCAUGACUUCUGGAACUGUGCAGCCUAAGCAAGAUGCCUUUGCAAACUUUGCCAACUUUAGCAAAUAAGAAAUCCUAAGAAGCAGGUUGAAUGAACUUUUUAGCUGCGCAAAUAGGUGAUGUUGGGAUGGAAAAUGCUAAUCAAUUCCCCUUUCUUUUAGCAAUUAAUUAAAGUAAACCCAACCCACAUAAGGAACCGGAAAGGCUGUUGUGUAAAAGUGCACUAUCUAGUAUUCCAGAAGUGAAGCAAGAGCGCCUCAGGUGAGGCAGUCAGUCUCCCUCCCCGCUGAAGAACACAGGGUGAUGAGACCUUGAGAGCCUUUAAAAGCUGAAGAGCCCAUUUAACACCAUAAUAUGUGGGAAGACUGGACAAGGCUGAAUGAACGUGCUUGAAUCUCUUAACUUUAUACUUUACUUUUCCUGAGGAACUUGAUUUUCUGUCCCUCAAUCGCCUUGUCAUAAUUGGAUCUGUUCCUUUUACUACCACUCAAGUCCAUAUAUGAAAUCAUUAGAGUUGGAUGAUCAGUUUUUUAUAAAAAUAUAUAUUUUUGUCCAAAAGACAUACAUAUGUGAUUAUGGCUAAAUCAAAGGUGACUGGAAUGUAUAUACUUUUGCUAAUGUUCCAGCAGCACUCCUAUGAUACAAUCCAAAUUUCUAUUGCACCAAGAGAAGUGGCUGAGAGCGAGGGACUUUCCCGUCUGCUGCUGUAAUUAUCCCAUGCAGAACUAGGAAAAAAAUAUAUAUAUUUUCAGGAUUGCUCUGUGACUUCCUUUAAAAGAAAGACCUCUGGUAUUGUUUGUUUGUAGCGGUCAUUUACAGUUUGCUGUGGUUAACUUGGCAAGGCUAGUUUCUGUGUUCAUCCUUGUAGCUAUCAUUCAAGGCAGAAAUGGUCAAAAGAGAAAAAUAUUUAUUUUUAUCUUUUUUGGUGUCUUUUCAAAAAAUUGAAAAAGUGAAAAUACAUAAAACCUGAAGUUAAAUGUAAAUGUUAAAACUCACCAAUGUUCACUGAGAUUUUUUUACAGCAUUAGUUUUGUUUGGGAUAUAUAUAUAUGGCAUUGGCAGAGGCCCCAGUAAAGGAGUUGGACUAUUAAAGGAGACCAGUAGCAGUCCGAGGUUUUAUUGAUUUAAUGACAAAUAAAGGAAAUUAAUUAAGAUGUUUUGUGUUCCUGCUGUAAUUCUGCAUUAAGCUCACAUGAAAAUCAUGAUUCUAGAGUUUGGAAUGCAAAAUGAAAUGUUUCAACUUCAAGCUGGGAAUAGUUUUAAAAAUAAAUACUAUAAUAUAGCUAUCAAAUUAUUACCUCCCCACUUUAUGUUGAAAAUUUUUUUAUUAAAUUGAUAAAACUUUGUUUCCAUUGUAUUCAUAAUGUUCUGUUAUAUAUAACAUUAAAACGUUCAUUAAAAUCAA